AUGGCGGAUCCACCGAAUGUCGACCGUGGCACACAUGUUGUCAAGCUCGUCGUCGGCCCCGAAAAUGAAGAGCGCGACUUUAUCCUUCACCGAGAUCCGUUAUGUGCAUCCUCUAAAUUCUUCGAACGAGCUUUCUCGGGAGAAUUCAGCGAAGGCAAGAGUCAAGAAAUGAAGUUGCCAGAGGAGGAGCCACAAGUCUUCGCUUUUUUCACCGACUGGCUUUACAAAGGAAAGGCUGCGAGCAAGGAUAGGGCGUUCAAGAUUGCCAAUCAGCUCUGCCAUGAAGAUAUCUUCUGGCUAAAGGUGUACCGUAUGGCUGAUCGUCUUCUCACCCCUGGCCUGCAAGUCCUCGCAUACAGCGAGCUCACCGAUGUCUUCUCCCUUACACCAACGAUCCCGUCUCGAGAUUUCCUUCACUCGCUAUUCUCUGAAGACAGCCCUCUUGCCAUGCGGAUGUAUGUGGUCGAACAUGUGGCAUACUGGCUUCGCAGGUCGCAAGGGAAGGAAGAGUGGGCUCGGCUCUUUAACGUUCAUGAACGGUUUGGAAUGGAAAUGGCACUAGCUAUGAUUCGAGUUCAGGCCAAGGGAAUCAAUUUCCUUCAUCCAUCGAAUCAAGAGUGUUUCGCUGAAAAGCAUGGUUUGAACGUUCCAGAGAUGGACGCACAGGCAAGAAGAGCCGAUGAAUCCACCCCCAAGACUGCCAGAAAAGUGCUUUAUCGGGCGACGCUGAGCUCUAGUACCAGGUCAGGAGCGGACAGCCUCAAAGAUCAAAAGAUCUGCAUCGCAGAUGUUAGGUUCGGAAUCCUCAGAGACAGCAACAAACACGACUCCUGUCCGGAGGGCAAAGAGGUCACCACCAAACUUAGCAGAAUGGCUUCCGAAAAAGCAGGACAGCAUAUGCGAUACAGGAAGUUGCGAGUGGAAUUGGUGGGAUCCUCGUUCACCAACAAGUAG